UACGGUUAUGGCUUGGCGAGGAGUUGCUGAUGGGUCAGUGCGAUGACGGGCUCCCCGUGAAUCCCGUAGACCGGGGGGAGAAGUAUCUGGAGGACCUGAUACUGAGCAACAUGGUCGAAGUGGUGAGUUGGAAGCCCAACGGGACCCCAAGGACGUGCCAAGUGGUGACACCUCUCUAUGAUACGUUCCGUCGCCAAGCGGUUGACCUUGGCCUCCUCCACAUCCACGACCAAAAGCCAAAAGAUUCUGGGCCAACUCAGGCGGAAUCGGACAGGUUCAAAAGGCGGCAGUCCAGCAUCCGUUGGCUAGCGGAAAACUCCAACAUUGAGAGCUUCAGCUUGUCGGACCCUUACAUCAUCCAGCGAAUGCGUUCCUUCAAUUCCUUUUACACCCGGAAGGGAAUCCUCACCAGAGACCUAGGUAAGUUCCUCCGAGCCGUGACUUCGCAGAACAGUCACCAGCUCCUAAGGGUACUCGACCUGGAAGGUGUUUACAAGCCAUACUUGCCCCAAGCCAUCGGGAGGUUAGUCCUCUUGAAGUACCUUGGAUUGAGGUCUACGGUCCUGGAUUCACUCCCCGACUCCGUCGGCGAUCUCCCACAACUGGAGACCUUGGACAUUAAGAACACCAAUAUAGUCCAUCCGGUUUCCCUUUGGAAGUCUAAGAGCCUCCGGCACCUCUACUUGAAUGGGUUUCCCGUUGAUCCAUCGAUCCUCAAACGUUGCACGAGCUCAGGGUUCUUACCAGACCUUCGAACCUUGACUGGGCUAUAUGUGAGCAGCAUUGAUGACAACUUAGUGAAUGGCCUGAUGAAGUCCUUGAGACACCUUACCAAGCUCGGGAUGAAAUCCCAGUGGAGCGGCAACCGUGGGAACAAUAUAGCCGGGUGGGUGUCCAAGCUGACCAAUCUUCAGUCUCUGAAGCUGGUCAUGAUUGAAAAGGAUAAGGAGUCGAAUACCAAAACAGACAAAGAAAAGGAUAAGGAGUCGCCCCCGCCUAGCCUUCCCUCCAUGCCCGAGCUUCGCAAUCUGUUCGACCUGUACCUGCGCGGGAGAUUCCAAAAUGUGGAAGCAAACCAGCUGCCUUCAUGCCUCGAGUUCCUCACGCUGUCCAAGUCCGAGUUUUCAGAGGACCCGAUGCACAACCUCGGGCAGUUACAGCAACUGAGAACCUUGAGCCUCUUAGCCAAAUCAUACGUAGGUACGGAAAUGAGGUGCUCAAAGGAUGCAUUCCCGAGCCUCCGGGUUUUGAAGCUCUGGCAACUCACUGAACUGACGAAGUUGACUGUGGAGCCAGGCAGCAUGCAUAAACUUAAAGAGCUCGAAAUUCGAAAGUGUCCAAACCUUCCAUUCGAAGGGAUCGAUAGUCUGAAGCAUCUCGAGUCACUGGAGGAACUUAUUCUCACAAAUAUGCCCAAUGAAUUUUUCAGGGAUUCUGAGAAAAAACUGGAGCAUUGCCAAGUCAUCGAAGUCCAGCAUUGGCAGCCAGAAGAACAUCAUGGCGAAGACGAGGAGCCAUCCUCUAUAAGUGCCCGUGCAGAUCUUAGUGGAGUCCAUCCCUCUGCUCCCUUUACUGAGUGAUAGGCAAAGCCCGAUUUACGUUUGUUUAAUAAGCCCCAACGGAUUUGUGCCAAGUCAUCCAUUUUAUUUUAUGUUUCCCUGCCGGUUUUGGUUUCAUGAUUGAAGAAUCGGAUUGUAAUGCCGAGGCUUGAGAUGCAAUUUAUCAGUUAUCGAAUUCGUUUGCA